GGAGGGCAUUUUGCAGACACUACACCAGCAAACGUCUCACAGAUAGUUUGCCAUUCCUUCAAGACCUUGCCGCUUCGUCGCCCACACUGAACAGCCUGCCAAAACUCCCUGCGUACCUGUGCAGCCUGGCAGUUUGGGAGUUCAUACCUUCGAGACACAUUCCGAGGAUGUCAUUACCUGUGGAACCGUUAUGCUGAUAGACCCACUCACUCUCAGCAAUGGAGAAGCGUGCAUUGAUGCUGGGUCCGGCGGAGAGAGACGUUGCUACACGGUGACCCUGGUGAACGAUACAAAUGACCCCUGUGCCGUCAACCCUUGUCACAAUGGAGGACAAUGCAUCAACACACCUCCAUCUUACGUUUGCGCUUGUCCAGCGCAAUAUGCUGCCAAUGCCAACUGCGAUGAUCAAGAUACAAGCUCUGUUGAUCCGCCUACAUCACUGACUGCAUCAGGCUCUUAUCCCGGUAGUGUUACCGCUACUCUUCGUCUUCCUUGCCAAACCAGAAAAGAAAACACUCCUGUUAAUCCAGAUGCUUCACAGUUGAAUCCUCAUGCGGUGGUACCAACGCUACCAUCAGGUCUGCAGAUUACAUGUGAUGUAGGCAAGACAUGCCAGGUACCGGUCUACGUCAACGGAGACGCAAGAGCCCCUCUAGUUGUCAGCCGAGGACCUUCUUCCCCGAAAGUGGUUACCGCUGUCUCUCCACCGAUAAAAGACAACUCUACUGGCAUUCCUCUUAUGACGUCGUUGCUCUCUUUGACUCCACAGGAAGCUGGCGAUCAUCAUGUAUGCGUGGACAUCGUGGGAUCCGAUGUAAAAGCUGUCGAUCACGUCUGCUACUUCAUCAUCAGUCGAGCCAACGGUAUGAAUAAUAAUGAAUAA